CCCGAAACCCAAACAAUCCAUCGGGACCAGCACGCUCCUGGUCUCACCCCGUUUGCUCGAAUCUCGUCUUUGGUGUCGCCGUCAAAUUGAAUUGAACCCGCCGUCGCAAUGCCACCGAAGUCACCUGCCAGGCGCAACAAGGCGCGCCCGUCGCGCGGAGGAAGGGUUAGCACAGGACCGAGAAGAGAUUCUGGCAAACGACUUGGCCAACCAGGUCCAGCGCCAGACCGGGCCAAGAAGCGCUACAAACCUGGAACCGUGGCACUACGUGAAAUCCGCCGGUACCAGAAGACAACAGACCUGCUGCUCCUAAGACUCCCUUUCCAGCGACUUGUACGAGAAAUCGCGCAGACAGUCACCACAGAGGACGGGCCCAACAGAUGGCAAAGUCAAGCCAUCAUGGCCCUGCAAGAAGCCACCGAGGCCUUUCUCGUCAAUCUCUUCCACGAUGCAAACCUCUGCGCCAUCCACGCGAAACGCGUCACCAUCCAGCAAAAGGACAUACAGCUUGCCCGCCGACUACGCGCAACCUGGGGACCUCCUGUGUGAAAGCGGCGCGUCUAGUUGUUGGCAGAUAUACCCCAUGUUCUAUUCUACUGAAAAGCCUGAUAUUUUGGGCCAAGAGAUUUGGAACGCCAUUUUGGUCCUUUGGAGAGGUGGCUAUAGGAAUUGACAGUAGUGAUUGGCGUUUCACGGCGCAUAAUGGUUAUGGCGUUCGCAAUGGUCCUGGGUGCUGCUUUCUUGGGAUGUUGUUUUCACAGCUUGUGACAUUAUCUUGGCCGUGGCUUGUCCUGCGUAAGAGAACCAAGCAAUUCUUACUUCACCUAAACUUGUCCCGACUUGCUUGGCGUGUUGAUAGGCAUGCUAAGCAUUUUCCGC